AUGAACGCGAAUUGUUUGGUGAUAGCACUGAUCCUUGGACUUGCUCUUUACGAGCCGGUGGCAUCCCAGAGCGCCGCGGAUCUGGCCGCCUUUAAGCAGAAUCAGGAGUCCUGCAUCAAGGAGCUGAAAAUAGGAGCUGCCGAGGCUGCGCUGCUUACCACGGACAAAGAGGUGGCCAAUCCCUCGGAGGCCGUCAAGUGCUACCACAGCUGCCUCUACAAAAAGUUGGGCAUGCUCACCGCCGACUCCAAGCCCAUCAACGACAUGAUCAUGAAGUUCGCGCAGCUCCGCUUCAGCAGCCUGGCUAGCGAUAAGCUCAAGGCUCUGCUGACCAGCUGUGGCGCCUCCAAGGCGGCCACCACCUGCGAUUUCGUAUACAACUUCGAGAGGUGUGUGGUGAAGGGAGCCAAGGCCUAAAGAGUGUGCCGU